AUGUCGGUGGGCGAGGACGAGAAGGCCCUGGAGCCCGAGCAUCCCGCGCGUGCGGAGAGCGAGGCAGGCGAGCGCCACGGGCACGAGGAGCCAAGUGAUGCGAACCAGGAACAUGCCGAGGAGGCGCCCCAGACUGCGCCCGAGGCCGAGGUGGAGCGGACGCCCACGCGCCGCUCGCGGCGCAUGCAUCCUGCGGACGAGGCCAGCGUCAAGGACGAAGCGCCGGCCGACGGCGUAGGUGCCCCUGGCGCCUGGGAUGGCGCUACGGAGGCCCCGGAGAGCGGCGACGAGGGCGUCACGCGCUGCGUGUGUGGCAGCACCGACGAGAACCUCGGCCUGAUGAUCCAGUGCGAGACGUGCAAGUGCUGGCAGCACUGCUCGUGCAUGGGGAUGCAUACGGAGGAUGACUGCCCUGACGUAUACUACUGCGAGCAGUGCCGCCCCGAGAACCACAUUGAGCUGCUGCGCUCGUACGGCUUUCUGCCGGCCAAGGUCGCGAAGCGCGGCACGAGCCGGAGCAGCCGGCAGGCGACGGCGAAGGAGUCUGCGCGCGAGCUCCAGGAGGCGCGCGAUGCGAUCCGCGCGCUUGCCGAAGAGAACGCCGCGCGCCUGCGUGGCGAGAACGUGGCCGAGGGACGCGCACGCGCGCCGGGCGCGCAGCGCAGCGUGCCCAAGCGGCGCACGAUGAACAGCCGCGACAUUGGGGAGGACGGCUGGGAGCAGAUCCCGCCCGGACUCCUGCUCGAGAAGGAGGAGCCGCCUGCCGACCACGACGGCGACGAGACGCGCAAGCGCAAGCGCAGCACCGAGGCCGCGGAGGCGACGCCCGAGCCGAAUGGGGGCCCGUCGGAGAUGGCGAAGCGGCGGCGACUGCAGGCGGAGGCGGCCCAGCGCGAGCGCCAGCAGGACGAGGAGAGAAAGGAGGCAGCCGAGCGCAGCCGCAAGGAGCGCGCUGCGUCGCGGGAGGAGAGCAAGCCGAAGCACCCGAACCAGUACACGUACCGCGGGCGCCAGGAGACGCCCGUGAAUGCAGUGCCCCCGCGAUCGCGCGAGGCGCGGCGCGUCGCGCGCGAUGCCAACAGCCGUUCCGGCACGCCGCUGCCGGAGGGCAGCAACCGCCUGCCGAGUCAUGCGAUGCCCGAGCACCUCGCGCACCUCGCGUAUCUGCAGCCGCCGACCACCGGCGACGAGGACGCCGCGGCUGAGCGUGCGGCGCCGCAGGCCGGCCUGCCCGAGCCGUUUGCGCUCACGACGCCCAUUGAUCCGGCCAUCAAGAUCCGAUACCCCCAGAAACGCAUGACGGUUGGCGAGAUGCGCAAGCGUGCGCGCACGAUCAGUGAAUAUGUGACGCGCGUCCAGAUUGAGGCGGUCGAGCGCGAGAAGCGCGUGCGGUUCCUUGGCUCGAUCGUAGAGAGCGCCGGGUCUGCAGACGCCGCCCCUCGUGACGAGGCGCUGGGCGAGGUGCCCGAGUCGGCGCUGCCGAUGAGCAUGCAGCUCGUGGAGCAGCUCACGGACGACCUCAACCAGUUCCAGCGCCGCUUCGCGGGCGCCGCGAGUACGGCGCGUGUGGAGGAGUAG